UCCUGCCUCAUCCGAGAGCAAAGCUUGACGUGGCAGCCGAUCACCACUUCCCCUUCUGUCUCCCAGUUACCUUCGUGCAUCCACGGGUUCCGGUUCGACGGAAGACCGGCUCCGGGAGGAGAAUGUGGCUGAUCGCGCUGGCCGCCGUUCUUCAUUGCGCCUCCGGUUAUGAUAUCGACGUGAAGAAGCUGGAGGGGCUGGCGCGAGCGCGGGUGGAGACGUGUGGUGGAUGACAGCUCAACAGGCUCAGAGAGGUCAAAGCUUUUGUGACUCAGGACAUUCCACUUUACCAUAACUUGGUGAUGAAGCACAUUCCUGGGGCUGAUCCUGAGCUUGUCCUCCUCAGUCACUAUUAUGAUGAACUUGAUAGGAUUGCCCUUUCUCACAUGACCCGCACUGAGAUUAAUGAGCUUUUGGUGAAACUGGGGUUUUAUAAGAAGGAGAAACAAGAGGAUGAGGUGCCAGAGGAGUUCCGCUUCUCCCCCGCCAAAGACAGCCCGUUUAAAGAUGAGCCCCAGCACAAAGCAUCCACCUCUGAGGGAAACGCAGAGGCCGAGCACACCGACCUAUAACCUGCAAGAGCAAGACCACCCAUAGCUGCUGACAAAUGUUUGUAAUUCUUCAUAAGACCGGGAGAAAGCUCUGGGAAAUGUUAGACACAUGUGACGACCCGUUAUAGGCCCACUCUUAAUGAGCACCUAGUUUUCAUUGUACAUUUAUGGGUCGUAUCAGGUUAUUUUGUGGGUGAUUUUCUACUGUCCAAACAGAAAUUUCAAGUUUGUGUGAAAUCAUUUCCAUGAUCUUUUCCUCUUUUUGUGAGUCUGUGUUUCCUUCUUUCCUGCUGGGGAACUGAAUGAAGCUUCAGGCUGAAAAUCUUCUGACUGGCCUAAGGCUGAUGCUAUUUGUUCUUGUGGGUAGGACUCAUGCAAACAAGAUGACUCCAGAGGAAAUAAGAAAAUAAAAACAGCCAAACCACCCUG